AUGGCCGACCACGAGGAACAGGUGAUUUCGACCGAAUCCGAGCCCAGAAUCGAGGUGUUCGAUGAAGUCCAGCCAGACGGAACCAUCCUUCGCAAAAAGAGAACCACCCGUACCAUCACUAAGCGCGUCCUGACUUCUACCAACUCUUCCACAUCUGUCUCGUCCUCCUCCAAUGAGCGCAUCCAAACCAGCGCUUCGAGCACUGCACAGGAGGUCAGCCAGCAGGGCACCAUCGAAUCCAAGGCAUCGAGCGAGCAUAAGGAAUCCAAGGAGACCAAGGAGAAGGUAUCCGAGGAAAGCACAGGUGGGAGGUCCGAGGAGGCAUCAGGAACGACUGAACAGUCUAGCACAACCAGGCGAUCAUUCAAGUAUCGUAUAUUUGGAGAGGGCGAUUCCAGUCAGCAUCCAUUGUACAGGUUCUUGGCAAGGUUCCCGCUCAAGGAGUUGCCAGCACCCCACACGCGUCGUCGCCCUGUGAAGGCCAUUAUGUACGCGUACGCACCUGGAUGGACCACUGGGCAAGGGUCUCCCGCGGAGCCUUCUCAACCUGCCAUCGGAAGCUUUGAUGUUGACUCUCUCAAAUGGAUGGUGUACUUGAAAUUCAACCGCAUCGAUUUCCAAGUCAAACCUGCAUUUGAACCCGCUAUGUCUCCUUCUGGAAAGCUGCCUUUCCUGGCUCUUCCCAGCGGGAAAUAUGUCACCUCGGAUGGGUUUGAGGAAUGGGUCCAGGAAAACAGGCAGCCGUCUGCCGCUGCCCAACUGGACUUACAUGAAUCUGCAGAGGCUGUGGCUUUUAUCACUUUGGCCGAAUCCAAGAUCCAUGCCGCCCUUUUUUAUACCUUGUGGUUUGAAUCUGCUCAUUUCAACACCACAACUCGUCAGCACUAUUUUGGCCACCACAACUGGAUCCUCGCCAUCCUACUCUCGUAUCUUGAGAAAUCCAACGUCGCCAACUCAAUGCUACUCACUCGUACACAGAUCGACAGGGAAUUGAUCUUCGAAGAGGCUGCCACGGCAAUCGAAGCUCUGGCUAUUCAGUUGGGCAAGGACGAAUACUUUUUCGGAAAGAGCGAGCCCUCGAGUCUGGAUGCUGUCACCUUCUCGUACCUGCAUGUCAUUUUGACUCUGCCCAAGGUCAGAAAUGCAGAAGAUGCUGGUCGGUCGGGUGAGUUGGCCAGGAUCGUGAGGAAACACGAGAACUUGUACAGGUACUCCCAGAACAUCUGGAAGACAUGGUUCACAUAG